AUGGUAGACUACGGAGAGCUCAUUCAGAACAGUCUUCUGGUUCUCAUGGGAAAGAGCACACGCGCAGAGCCCAGCCAACAUGGCGACGACCAGAAGGAGGAUGCGAAAACGGAGCGCACUGAGUCCAACAACUCGUUUUCGUCCUCGGACUCUUCCUCCAUCAUGGACCCUUUCUCAGGGGAAGAGGCCACGCCCAAGGAGAGCGGAAAGAUGAUCUACGUCGACCCCACAAUUGACACACAAGAGGCGAUUCAUCAAGCUGUCAAGACGGCACUGAGUAGCAGCAUUAGUAACUUGGCAGGGACGGCAAACGAAUCCACAUUAGACAGCGACGCUGUGGAACAAAUGAUCCGACAAGAAAUCCAAAAGCAAUUGCAUCAGCUAAAGCUACAGCAGCAGCAACCAGAUAUGAAUUCCUCCAAGCAUGGGAGCGAAGAAGUGAGCCGACCCCCCAAAAGUCGCGAAUCUAGACGACAAUCCAGAAAGCACAGCAGCAAAUCAUCCGAGAAAAGCGAUAAGCGAGAGCUUCCACCACGUCGCCAUACCACCACGAACAAAGCGUCCAGUUCCAACAAAAGAAAAUGCAGCGCAAGCAAAGAGCUGCCCCCUCGGCGUCAUACAGAUUCCUCAAAGCUAAACAACACGUCCUCUAGCAGCUUGCGUGCCUCCUUUGCUCUGGAAAGCAGCUCUGACCUCUUCAAGGAUCUGAAACCGGACUUGGAUACUUCUACACACCACCCGCCAAAGAGUGGAAGACGACGAUCCUCGGCCAACAAUGGUCAUUCGCCGUCUACUAGCAAGCAAGCUGAUGAGUCGCCAAACAAGAGUCCUGCAAAGUACAAUCAACUUGGAUCUCGACUCUUCCAAAAGGCCCUCGAUGAGAGCUUUAGCAACAUUAAUGACGCCAUGGGCAUGUCCUCGUCACGGUACAGCGACAGGCACAAAAUGCCAACCAUUGAAACAUCAGGAGCAACCGCUUCAAGAAAGUCAACCCGCCAAAGGUCGGCGGACUUGGAUGCUAGCUUUUGUCUUGAUGCUAGUUUCAGUCACCAGAGAGUACUUGACUUGGAGGCUAGUUUGUCAUGUCUUGAUUCUACUGACCACCGAAGAAGAAAGACAAACUUGGAUGCCAGUACUCGACGAGAAGGAGUUCUCAAGACUGCUGCUCCACGGGGACGUGUGCCCACAAAAGACGAAGAAAAGGGAUCUUCAGAUACACGUGGCAACAACGGUGAGCAUCGUAGCAAUAGUCAGGGCCGCAAGAAGGGCGCCCGCAGCAAGAGCCGUGGUCGUCGGACUGGAAACAAGCCCAGAAGACAGUCUUCCCAGGAAGAAGAGGGCGAAGGGGAGAACAUGGACGAAUCAAAGAGGGAGCGCCGAGGAGCUCGUAGCAAGAGUGCCACGGCUCGAAGUCGGGCCCGCCGUGCAAGAGGAAGAAGCCUUGAGACUAAGCAGCAUCCGGUCCAGCACGGAGAGUCCCCUCGGGGAUCGCAGCAUCGAGUGACAGCUGGUGCAACCUGUGGUAGCAGAACCCGCAGAUUGAGUCUAGAGGACCGCCGUCGUCAUCGUCACUCGAGCUCUCGGCACACUGUCACCAGCAGUAUUUACGAAGGCUCCAGUAGCCAUCCACCCCAGAUCAUUGGCUCCUUUGAUCGUUCACAGUCAACACUCUCGACUCUUUCAGGGUCUCUCCACUGUGAGAGCGAUCACACCUCGUCUUCCGUUGCUGCUUUCAACAGAGAAUCUUCGAAAAGGGCAAGCAAGGACAGCUCUGCUCUUCUGAACAGUAGUUCACACUCCAUUCUGUCCGGACGGAAACCAAAAGGAAUAAAAACCAAGAACUCGGAUGUUCGGGAGAGGCGACAGGCUGACCGAAUACUGUCGGAAGCCUUUCAAGGCAUGCCCACGUUGCAUUAG